CUAGAUCUGAGUCUAGACGGUAACUUCUAGAAAAUGGCUUCGCGUGGCGUUGAACGUGUCCUUGCAAAGUGUGAGGCAUGUAUCAAUGCUGGUAACUACUAUGAAGCACACCAAAUGUUCAGGACGGUUUCAUUUAGAUACAACAGUCAACAGAAAUAUGCAGAGGCUGCUGAUUUACUAUAUAAAGGUGCCUUAAAGUUACUGCAGCACAAUCAGCAUAGCAGUGGAGCUGAUUUGAGCCUUCUUCUUUUGGAUUCCUUAAGCAAAACUAAAUCUCCUGUGACAGAAAACACUAUCAGUCAAAUUACUAAAUUAUUUGAGGUAAUGGAUCCAGAUUGUCCAGAAAGAUAUACAUUUUUAACUAAAGCUAUUAACUGGUCAAGUAAAGUCAACAAAGAACACAAAAGGGGUCACCCAGAUCUCCACAAACGUUUUGGUUUCAUAUUUUGGCAUGAGCGAAACUAUCCACAAGCCAGAUAUCACUACAUACAUUCAACAGAUGGUGUUGCCUGUGCCCAAAUGUUGUUAGAAUUUCACACAGCUCAUGGCUACCCUUCUGAGGUGGACAUGUUCAUAACACAAGCAGUCCUACAAUACUUGUGUCUUCAAAAUAAAGCAACAGCCAAUGAGUGUUUUGAGCAAUACACACAGAAACAUCCUGGAAUAUGCCAGAGACCUCCAUUCAGUUUACCAUUGCUUAAUUUUAUCUGGCUUCUUUUGAUUGCUCUAGACGGGGGAAAACUGGCAGUGUUUACUGUUUUGUGUGAAAAAUAUCAAGUUUCAAUAAACCGAGAUCCUAAUUAUAAAGAGUAUCUAGAUCAAAUUGGACAAUUGUUUUUUGGAGUUCCCCCACCUCAGAAAACACCUCAGGGACUUUUUGGAAGCCUUAUGCAGAAUGUAUUGGGUGUAAGUGGAAGUGAUGAUGAGGAGGAAGGCAGCACCAAAACUAAAGCCGCAGCUCCUAGCUUACAAGCUAAUAACAUAAACUCAAAGGACAAUAGCCACAAUUCAUUGCCUGGCAGUAGUAGAAAUAUAGGACUAGCUUCGACGCCUUCACCCAGACAAGAGAAACCUCUGGACUUGGAUUGAUGUUAGUGGAGUGGAUUUGCGAGAAUUGUGAAUAUUUGACUAAUUUGAAGAUUGACGAAAUGUUGGUGUUACUGAAAGGGAGUAAUGAACUGAAUGUUAUGUAAAAGUGAAAUGUGUGUUGAUAUAUUUCUUUCCAAAUCUUCCAGGAUGGGGAAAAAUAAAUGUGGGAUAUUUUUAUUUUUUGUCAUUAAACAAAAACAUUUUAAAAAAUUGAUUUUUUUUUUAUGUAUUGAUUAGACUUUAAGAAAACAUUCAUCGUUUUAUAAUUUAUGAAUGUUUCAAUGUUGGCCCUAACCCAUCUCAUAGAUAAUAGAUUAGAUAUUGUCACAGUAUGGUUGUCCUGUAAGGGGUGGUACGAUUGUCGUCAGGGUAUAUUAAAAUAAACUCACCCAGUCUGCUACAUGACAGAUAUGUUAAUCUCUGUAUACAAAGAGGCAAAGCUUAAUUGUAAAAUUUGAGCUACAGGUAUGAAAACUUAGCAUUAAAAUUUAAUAAACUAUUGAAAUCACUUUACUGUAUAAUAAAAUUAUUAGAAGGUAAAAUCUAACAAUAUACUCAAAGAUGAGUAAUAACUAUGACAGACAUUGAAUAUGAAUGGUUUUAUUGUAAUAUAUCUCUACAGUUCAGUUGCACUACACACUACCAUCUGGUGUUGAGUGCUAAUCAUUAUUACCUCCUUAUAUUUAGAGUUCUUUUGAUAGUUGUUAUGAAAAUCAUUUAAAUUUUGUUAGCCACACUGAAGAAUCUUUGGACACUAGUUCUGUUUUGUGAAUACUUGAGGAUUGAAAGACAUGAUUUUUAAUGCCAUGUUGAUUGUGAUUGUGUGGUAUAUUUUAGACAAUUUGUUUAUUAUGGAUUAAAUUUUGUAAUUUAUAUAUUUCAUAUCAAUAUUUUUUUUUUUUACUAUGAUUCCUUUUUGUUGUAAAAUAUUUUUACUAAAAAAGAAAACAGAC